AUGAGCCAAACGAACUCGAUCAAUCGCGGAGUACGCCAAAUCGGUUGACUAUAAACAGUUUGUGUUAUUUAAUCAUCGGCUUUAUAGACAAAAACAGGGAAGUACCUAAGGAUUAUGAUGAUUGUUCGGAAUUUAUCAAAGGUUUAUGAGUAAAAAGGUACAUUAUGGCGUCCGAGCAUAAACGAACAUUUUUGUCAAAAUUACGAAAACGUUUUAAAAAUCAUUGGAAAGCGGACGAUAAUGUGACAAAUAAAAGGACAGUUAAAAUACAAACAAAUCUACCCGAGAGGGUAGUCAGUACGUGUGUAAGCAGUCCAUUUAAAACUGUAGAUUGUGAUCAGCGAAAUCAUAAAACUUGUUAUUGCCGAGAAAAUUAUCGCACCUUUCCUACGUUGAGAAGUCAAACAGUUGACGCUGGAAGGAAUUGGAAGUCAAUGAAUUCGGGUAGAGCCCCAUUGGCUAAACAAGAAGAUCUUGAAGAGUACGAGAGACCUUUAUCAUGUGUAACAACUGUUUUUAACAUCGAAGAUCCUGGUUACUCAACACUCGACGAAUUGGAGCAGAAAAAAAGUGAAAAAACGACGAAUGAUAAUACAGAUGAUAGUGGUUUGGAGAGUGAUGGCUUAUCACCGCACGGUUCUAAGGAAUCUCCAUUUACCUCAGACCGUGUGUGUUAUGCAGAAGUUCCUAUUAAAAGAAAGGACAGUGCAAAAAAUAGAGAUAUACCUCCACCUAUUCCUCCGAGAAAUUAUACGGAAGACGACAGGCGAUAUGCUCUAUCUCGACGAGAGGAAAAAACACAUAUGUCAAUGAAAGAAGUUUUCGAAGAAGCAAAAUUGCUUGGUAUAAAGUUAAAGGCUGCUAAGAAUUUGGACGGUCAUCACGUAGAACCACCGCCGAGAACGUCCUCAUUAAAUCGAAAUUUUAACUCUCAAAACUCAAAGGAAGAAGCUAAAAAUAAAUCUAGUAAAUGUCGUUGUCAUUCAAAGGCAAAAUGCGAUAGCUAUACAAGUCCUAAUAUGCACGGAAGACGCUUACCAACAGUUCCGGUUAAAACAAAACCUACAGAAACAAGGCCGUCAGCCACUAAAGUUCAACCGGAGGCCAAAACGGGUAUGCAAUUAUUUAUGGAAAGUAUGGCAAAAUUAAGAGAAAUGGGCUACUACUGGGGCCCGUUGUCUGCUCAGGAAGCCGAAUGCAAGCUCUCAGAUUUAUCUGACGGUUGUUUCUUAGUUCGAGAUAGCAGUGACGAACGGCAUCUUUUAUCCAUAUCUUUCCGAUCGAAAGGCGCUACGCACCACACAAGAAUCGAACACAGUGGGGGCUUAUUUCAUUUUAAAGCACAGCCGAAAUCUAUGUCAGCGGCAACUAUUGUAGAAUUUAUUGAAAAUGCUAUGGAAUUUUCUCGAAAUGAGCGCUUUCACUUUUUUGUUCGGGGACAAUCGACACGCCUUCAGCGAAAUGAUGACGACGAAGAAGAAAAUCCAGUUCCUCCUGUUCUUGUUAAAUUAUUGAUACCCGUGUCACGAUUCUUUGUUGUUCAAAGUCUCAAGCAUCUGACGCGGAUGAAAAUUAGCGAUUUGGUGCGAAAAGACCGCAUCGAUCUACUUCCUCUUCCAUUUGUUUUAAAGAGCUACCUACAUGAACAUACUCUUUGCCCGGAGCGGUGA